AUGAGCAAUGCCCGACAUGGUCUCGAUGAGCUUAUACCAGCAGCUAAACAGCCUUCUCCAGAGUCUCCACGGUCGAGCAGUAGGGAUGUCGCACUGCAGCGGGCUAUUGCAGAAGCUGAAGCUGCCAUGCGAGCUCUGAAGCUCGCGAAGGAUCCCAAUGAGCAGGCCAGACAAUCUACUCGCUUCAAGCAGCUACUCCAGGAGGCAGAGCGCAUCAAGCACGAAAAGAACUGGAAAUCACCUUCGUCGCGAAAUAAUACGCCGGCAGACUGCGAACACAGCAAAGCCAUCGUACAAGAGCUCAGACAGCCAGAGUCGACUCGUAUCGUGCCUCGUGCUGAGCAGAUACUACUGCUCAAAGCAGGCUAUCUAAAUGGCUUCAAGUUCCCGCCAUGGUCCACGCUCCCUGCUCCUGACGAAUUCGAGCGAAAAGACGGCGAGGGCUUGUUCACAGAUACGCCAGAGCUGCCUCUUUCCGAAUUCCAGGAAGACGUACUCGAUGACUGGAAGCGGCCUAGCGAGGCUAUGCCACCGCCGACUUGGUUUUCAGGUGAUCGGACUAAUCUAGGCCCUAGCAUGUCCUUCGCUCGUAAGAUUGACCUUGUGCAAGACGCUGCUACCGACUGCUCUGUGGUGGCCUCCCUUUGUGCUGGUGUGGCGAGAGCUGAGCAUGGCCACGGUAAGAUUCUGGGCACGGUCAUAUAUCCUUAUGACCAAGAGAAGGCUCGACCAGCCAUGGCUGCCAAUGGCAAGUAUGUGGUUCGGCUCAACUUUAAUGGCUGUUCUCGCAAGGUUGUCAUCGAUGAUAGACUUCCCGUCAGCAGUACUGGACGAAUCAUUCAUGUGAUCGACCGUCGUAACCCUGGGCUACUGUGGCCAGCCUUGAUAGAGAAGGCCUACCUCAAAGUGCGAGGAGGCUACGACUUUCCCGGAAGUAAUUCAGCUACCGACCUGUGGAUCCUUACAGGCUGGAUCCCCGAACAGGUCUUCUUACAGUCAGACGAGCUGGAGCCUAAUCAAUUCUGGUCACGUGUCCAUACAUCUUUCAACCAUGGCGAUGUGCUGAUCACAAUGGGUACUGGUAAGAUGACUGCGAAGACGGAGCGGGAGCUUGGCUUGGCAGGCGAACAUGACUAUGCUGUGCUUGAUCUGCGAGAGGUGGAUGGGCAGCGCCUACUUUUGAUCAAGAAUCCUUGGUGUGAAGGGACGAGCUGGCGUGGUAAGCUCAAUGAAAGUCAGCGAAGUGACGUAGCACCGACUGAAGAACGUGCUGAACAAUCUUUGAUCGAACUCGAUGAUGGAAUUGGGCCGCUACAGAGCUCUCGCGACUUGCUCAAUGCUGACGAGCAGCUGUCAUCUGGCACUUUUUGGAUGGACUUGGACAACGUCAUGCAGCACUACGAAUCGAUUUAUCUGAACUGGAACCCUGCUUUGUUCACGCACCGAGCGGAUGUGCAUUUUGCUUGGGAUCUCACGUCACUACGCAGUAGCGGUAAGACGCCAAGAGGCCAAUCAGCAAGCUUGAGCUCACAUCCGCAAUACUCGAUCACACCCAGCAAGAGUGGGAUAGUCUGGAUUCUGCUGUGGAGACAUUUCAAGAACUCUAUUCCGGAUGAUGCGACUGAUGAGCAGAUUGAGGAAGGUCGAUACAGUAUCGACUUGCAGGGCCAUAUCUCGCUUAUGGCCUUCUCGUCUGGUGGACGCAGGAUGCUUCUCCCCGAAAAGCACAUCGAGAAAGGCUGGUAUGUCGACAGCCCACAGACUUUGCUCAAGCUCAAGGACUGCAAGCCCGAAAUGCCUAUAACAAUAGUGCCACUAGAGCAAGACCUAGCAUCUGUGGAGCACACGUUCACAUUGUCAGUGUUUAGUCAUAGUCCGGCGGAGAUCGCGCCAGCGUCUGUGCGGUACCCAUAUGCCCUUACGCUCGCAUCGGCUUGGACAAUCGACACUGCCGGAGGCAAUGCGCAUAGCCCUGCAUACUCCACCAACCCACAAUUUGCGAUUGCCGUGUCUCGAAAGACCAUCAUAAGUCUCCUGCUUGAGGUCACACAAGGGGAUCUGAACGUGCAUGUGAAGCUCGUGCACAGUCGAGGGCAGCGAGUGUACGGUAUACGCAGCAAGGACAUUGUCUUCGACAGUAACGAGUAUAGGCGUGGCUGCUGCGUAUCAGAAGGGCAAGGUCUCGAGCCCGGACAAUACACUAUCAUCUGUAGCACGUUCGAACAGAGCCAACUUGGUACAUUUACCUUGACAGCAGAAUCUUCGCAGCCGAUGCAGAUGCUUCUACUCCCGCGGGAAGGCGCUGGUCGGAUACGACUCGAGCUCAGCACAGUAGCCUUCAGGCAAGAACAGGACAUGGUUGCAGCUCGCAUCGUGGCGAAGCGUCUUGCAAGAUUCUAUGCUGUAGUAAAACCGCUCGACACUGCAGCAAGGCGAGGAACAUCAUCUGCAAAUCGCUCAUUGAUCCGCAUGAGUAUAGAAAGUGGUCGCGGACCGCACAGACACAUCUACAUUGCUUCGAAUGGUGGAGAGUAUGCGGACUGCGGUAGUGGCGUCCGCAUGGAGGAUGUUGACCUAAGGCCCGAGCUGACCCAGCAGGGAGACGGGUUGUGGUUGGUGCUUGAUAGAAGAUACGUUAGUGCUGAGGCUCAGGAGGAGAGGUUCACCAUUGAGCUUUAUGUAGAUCAGCCAGAUGCUGUGACCUGCGGGGUAUGGCGAGCUUGGGAAGAGUGA